AUGGCCCAGGAACCCAGUAAAGAGACAGCCGCCAACAAGGUGGAACCAGUAAAAGAAGAGAAAGACAAGGAGACUGAGGAACAGAGCAAAACGGGCACAUAUCUUGUAACAAUUCCCACCGCCAUGAUCAAGUUUUCAAAGACCAAUAAAAACAAAGAGGAUUCUGGAACUCCCCAAACAUUAUCGGACCUAAAAGACAGUGAUUCUUUCAAGGGGUCAUUCGGCUUGGGCGGUCUAGUUUUCCCUUCUUUACAGCGUUUCAACAACAUUUACUCCUUUAAUAUUUUUCUCUCACUGGCGAUGUUUGCUCAUGGUAUUGUAGCUGCUCUUGUGGACCUGAGUUUGGCAGAGUAUGAAAAAGAAUUUUCUCUGUCAAGGAGAGAGAAAUUCAUAUUGGAUUUCAGUGAUUACUGUGCAUCUUUCCUAGCAGCAAUAUUUAUAGGACACUAUGGAGGCAGAGGGAACAGGUCGAUAUGGGUGGCAGUUUCCUCCUUUACAGUAGUAAUAGCAUCAAUUACAUUUGUUUAUCCUUUCAUUCACUAUGUAAUUAUAAGACCAGUGGAAGCAAGUCAAGAAUUGUGCAACCCAGAUGAAUUGGCAGUGGCAAGUUGUGAAAGGAUAUUGCCACACAGAACAUUAUGUUUUUAUCUCUUCCUCUUGGGGCAGUUUCUCCAUGGAAUAGCUGGGAUGCCAAUGAUAAUCCUUGGUGUGACCUUCAUUUAUGACCACGUUCCCCUCUACUCAUGUGGCUCUUACAUAGCUGUUGGGGAUGCUGCACAGCAGAUCGGAUACAUUCUGGGUUACAUAGUAGGAAGAAUGGGUAUUGAGCCUCCUCAUGAUGUAACUGUGAAUCCAGAUGGAACUUCUGAUGGCCUUGUAGUGUGGCAGAAACCUUGGUGGCUUGGCUACUUUAUAAGUGGUACACUUGCAUUGAUUGCAAGUUUUCCAUUGUUAUGUUUUCCAGCUACUUUGCCUGGUGCUAACAAGGUAAGACGUGAGAAAGAAAAGGAACGUCCAGCCUUUGACAAGAGGCUUAAAGAUAAGAAAUAUGGACCUCACUUGAAGGACAUGUUUCGUGCUACAAAGUGGAUGUUGAAGAACCCAUUGCUGAUGAGCCAGGCAUUCUGCAAAGUUACAGAGACUGUAGGCUUUAAGGAAUGUUCCUUCUUUCUGCCCAUAUAUUUACAAAGUCAGUUUAUGUUAACACCGUCAUUUGCCUCUUCAAUUUCAGGAUUUCUUAUCUUUACUGGACUUGUUACUUCUCAUUUAGUGGGAGGUAUGAUUAUUGACAAACUGAAAAUGUCAUGGGAGAACAAAGUGAAAUUUACAAUGCUAUCAAAUAUUUUAUCAAGUGUGCUUUUUCUGUUAAUCUUUUUCAUAACAUGUGAAACAGUGAAAUCUGCCGGAAUCAAUACUGCUUAUGACGGCACAGGUAAGAUUGGAAACCUCACAGCUCCAUGCAAUGUAAAAUGUGAGUGCUUAAAUUCCAUCCAUAUUGCUGUAUGUGGAAGAGAUGAGACUGAAUAUUUCUCUCCAUGCUUUGCAGGCUGCAAAGCUAUGAAAUUCUUAAGUGAUGAAAAGACAUACUACAAUUGUUCUUGCAUUAAAGACGGAUUGACAACUACAGAUGUAGAAGGUCAUUUUAUUGAUGCUGUUCUUGGAAAAUGUAAUAGCAACUGUCAUUCAUUGCCUUUGUUUCUUGCUUUUUUCUUUGCUUCAAUCUCUUUUGCUAAUAUGUGUAGUAUACCUGUCACCGUGACUUCCCUCCAAACUGUACCUGACAGAUUCACUUCAUUGAGCUUGGGUGUGACCUGUGCAAUUUGGAGAUUUGCUGGAUCCUUUCCCGCUACAUUUCUUAUGAGAGAAAUAACAGUCAAAGCUUGUAUUUACUGGGAGAUCACUAGAUGUGGAGCAAAAGGACGUUGCUGGAUCUUUAAUAAGACAAUAUUGGUCACCUUAUUUACAGGAAUAUGUUUACAGUAUUAA